UUAAAGUCUUAUUUCAUUGAAAAAGUUAUAUUGUGCAAACUGCAACGCUAACCUAUAUAUUUUACUCAAAAUCGUUAAAGUUGAUAACCUUAAACUUCUCUCACAAAUGUGAUUCAACUUUUAAUAAUUAAGAUUAGACAGAGUAUUUCAUUUAAUAUUAUUUAAAUAUAUUUAAUACAUUACAUAUAAUAUAUUUAAAAACGAUCAAAAUGAGAUAUGGACAACUUGUAAUGGGACCAGCCGGUAGCGGAAAGUCUACAUAUUGUUCUGCUAUGCAACAACAUGCAAUAGAUGAAAGGAAAAUAGUAGAAGUAGUAAACUUAGAUCCAGCAGCAGAAUAUUUUGAUUAUGAACCUUUAGUUGAUAUAAGAGAAUUAAUUCAAUUAGAUGAUGCAAUGGAAGAUGAUGAAUUAAGAUUUGGACCAAAUGGUGGUCUUGUAUUUUGUAUGGAGUAUUUAAUAGAAAACUCCUCAUGGUUAGAAGAAAAAUUAGGUGAUGUGGACGAUGAUUAUAUUAUUUUUGAUUGUCCAGGUCAGAUAGAAUUAUAUACACAUAUGACAGUCAUUCGUCAAUUAAUAACAAUGUUACAAAAUCUCAAUUUUCGUAUAUGUGGAAUAUUUCUAAUAGAUAGUCAAUUUAUGGUUGAUGGAUCAAAAUUUUUAUCUGGUACAAUGGCUGCACUUAGUGUAAUGAUAAAUUUAGAACUACCACAUAUUAAUAUACUUAGCAAAAUGGAUUUAUUAUCAAAAAGUGCAAAAAAACAGCUAGAUAAAUAUUUAGAACCUGAUCCACAUAGUUUAUUGGCAGAUAUGGAAAAAGAUCCUUGGAAUGAAAAAUAUAGAAAUCUCACUGAAGCAAUAGGAAGGCUUAUAGAAGACUACAGCUUAGUACGUUUUUAUCCAUUAAAUAUAAAAAAUGAAGAAAGUAUUGCAGAUAUUAAAUUAACAAUUGAUAAUAUUAUUCAAUAUGGAGAGGAUGCUGAUGUUAAAAUUAAAGAUUUUGAUGAACUUAUUGACGAUGAUGAUAAAGAUACAAGUUAUGAUACAAAUACAUAAGAAUGAUUUUACUCAAUAAAAUAUUUUUAUAAAACAUU